AUUUUUCCCUGAGAGCUCUUCCUGUUUGCUCUUUCAAAGCUUUGUCUUCUUACGCAGAAUAUGCUGCUACCCUCCUAUAUACUGUGGUGUUGAUUCAAUCCUGUGAUCCUAAUCAGCAGCGUUUCUUUACAAUGCCACUCUCGUCCCUUCUCCGCACUGCUUCCCGUCUGAGGCCGACGGCCGCCCACAGGGCAAGAAGAGCUGCAUCUACAGUGUCCUCGACUACCCCCAAAUCACAGAAUUCAUUAGAUUCGAUUCUCAUCGCAAAUAGAGGAGAAAUUGCUUUACGAGUCGGGCGUACCGCCGCUCAACAUGGUAUCCGCGUAACUACGUUAUACACAGAUCCCGAUAGCCGGGCUCAGCAUGCAUUGAGCUCCCCAUUCGCCUUCAAUCUAGGAUCCGUUUCCGCUUAUCUCGAUGGAGACCGUAUCAUUGAGAUUGCAAAGCGGGAGGGCUGUCAAGGGAUACACCCAGGCUAUGGUUUUCUAAGUGAGAACUCGGAGUUUGCGCGAAAAUGCACAGAAGCCGGACUGGUCUUCAUUGGACCCCCAUGGAAGGCUAUCGAGGACAUGGGGGAUAAGAGCCAGUCUAAGAAAAUCAUGACGGCGGCCGGUGUUCCUUGCGUUCCUGGUUAUCACGGUCAGAAUCAGGAUCCCAGCUUCCUUGAAGCCGAAGCGGAUAAGAUCAAAUAUCCUGUGCUUAUCAAGGCAAUCAAAGGAGGCGGCGGAAAGGGAAUGCGUAUAGCUCAUAGCAAGUCCGAGUUCCAGGCUCAACUGCAAUCUGCUAAGUCAGAAGCUAUGAACUCCUUCGGAGACGACCAAGUGUUGGUGGAGAAGUACAUCACCACACCACGGCACAUUGAGGUCCAAGUGUUCGCAGACAAGCAUGGCAAUAGCGUGGCUUUGGGAGAAAGAGAUUGCAGUAUACAAAGACGGCAUCAGAAGAUUCUUGAGGAGUCACCCGCUCCUCACUUGCCUGAUGCUACGAGGAAAGAUCUCUGGGCAAAGGCACGGGCGGCUGCUGAGGCCGUAGGCUAUGAAGGUGCCGGUACCGUUGAAUUUAUCUUUGAUAACGAUAGCGGGGAGUUCUUCUUCAUGGAGAUGAACACCAGACUUCAGGUUGAACAUCCUGUGACCGAGAUGGUCACUGGUCAGGACCUGGUCUACUGGCAACUCAAGGUGGCCGAAGGCGCUAAGCUUCCAUUGACCCAAGAGGAAGUAGAAGCUUAUAUGGCAAGCCGUGGGCAUGCCAUUGAGGCGAGAAUCUAUGCAGAGAAUCCCGAUCAGGGGUUCAUACCUGAUUCCGGCACACUACUUCACGUUCGCACCCCCACCCCCUCCGAAGACAUCAGAAUAGACGCAGGCUUCGUCGCCGGCGAUGAAGUUUCAGCUCACUACGAUCCAAUGAUUGCCAAAUUGAUCGUGAGAGGCAGUACGCGAGAGGAGGCCCUCCGCAAGCUUGCGUCUGCAUUAGAAGAGUACGAAGUUGCGGGGCCAAUUACCAACAUCGAGUUCCUGAAGACGGUCUGCAAGAGCCCUGAUUUUGUUGCCGGAGAGGUGGAAACCGGAUACAUUGAAAAGCAUCGCGAAGAACUGUUCACUCGCGAGGCUAUUGAACCGGAGGUGCUCGCACAAGCCGCAUUGGCUUGUCUGCACCACGACUCUGCCCCGGUCGCUCGGAAGCAGGCCAAUUUCGAAGGCUCCGCUGUCGGAUUCAGCCCGAGCUAUCAAUCACGCCAGAUAACAUUUGAAGAUCUGACGCCUGGAGCCAAGGAUGGCGCCAAGUUUGAUAUCCGUGUUCAACAAACGAAUGACAAUACAUUCAAUGUAGAAGUGGGCGGGCGCACCUUUGAGCAGGUGGUCAGUCACAAGAACCCUGGGUCGCAUGUUGUGACCUCUUUCUUCCCUCACACCCGAUUGGACACCACCGUAAUUCGGGAUGAUGACUCUGUCAUUGCCUUUCAGAGAGGAACACAAUAUCGUUUGACGAUACCACGGGCCAAGUGGAUGGACAAGGCACUGGGAAUGAAGGACGUAACCAACAGCGUUUUGGCCCCAAUGCCGUGCAAAGUGUUACGUGUGGAAGUCCAGGCGGGCGAUGUGGUGGAAAAAGACCAGCCACUGGUGGUUAUUGAGAGUAUGAAAAUGGAAACAGUCAUCCGCAGCCCGCAAAAGGGAACCAUUUCAAGAGUGGUCCAUAAACAAGGAGACCAAUGUAAGAGCGGCACACCUCUGGUCGAAUUUGCCGAAGAGGGUGAUGAGAACUAG